AUGGAGGUCCCCGCUGAGAGCCAAGAGGUCGUCAUCUCAGUGGUACCCCUGGAAUCCCACGAGCUGUCAUUUGCUGAACCCCAGCACAGGUCCUGGCAUGCCCUGGGCCUGCAGUGGCCAGUGGCCAUCACUGCGAUCACUCUCACUGCUGUCGCUAAUAGAAAACUGCCAUCUGGGCCAAGCAAGAGCCCCUCUACCCACUGGUGGCCCACUCGGGUCCCCCCGGUAGAGAUCCGGUGGAACACUUCAGGCCUCGCCCCGGUGGCCCUGCGCUCCAGCCUGGUAGAAUUUAUGGGAGCAAACCCCGAGGCCAACCACCCAGGAGGCAGUCGACACCAGGCCCGUGUGCAAGGCGCUGCCAACUCCUGCAGCCCUCUGGUGGACGUGGUCACCACUGACGAGGCUGCAAGGUGGUCCUUCGGUCAUCCCCUUGACAGAAGCCCUUGA